AUGAUUUUCACCUCAAACAAACUUGCCUCGGAGUGUUCGGUAUUCGUAUUCGACAAACGAAUCGCGGAAAAGCUUUACAAGCCGAAGAGGAAGGAGAGUAUGCUGGAUAGGAUCCGGGCCAGCAUCAGACAGAUGGAUAAGAUGCGGCAUCCUAGGAUGCUGCAGGUCAUCCAUGGGCUGGAGGAAGGUCAUCACACCCUGGCCUUCGCGUCUGAGGCGGUUAUGGCGAGCCUGCAUAACAUCUUAGCGUGGCAUGAAUCAUCACCGAUACCAACUGGGGGGCUCAUGCCGGUUCUGCCCCACCCGAUCUCCAUCACGCCGCCCACCGCGCCCAUGAUCAACCACAAUCCGCCCGCCCAGCGCCCGCCCUUCGCCAAGGACUACAGCUUCAUAGACUUGGAACUCCGAUUCGGGAUACUGCAGAUAAUCGAGGCUCUCCACUUCCUGCACUACACCGCCCGCCAGGUCCACCGUAACGUGUGCCCGGAGACCAUCAUCGUCACUAAGCGCGGCACCUGGAAACUUUUCGGCCUGGAGUUUGUAGGCGACGUACACGGGCUGGAUCCAACGGAGAUGAUCCCUGUGCCACCAUGGUCGGUCAAAGUCGCCAGGAUCUGCCAACCAAAUCUCGACUACUUAGCGCCGGAAGUUCAGACUAGCGGGCACUGUAACAUUCUGUCUGACAUGUUCUCUUUGGGAAUGGUGAUCUGCGCUGUUUUCAACCUCGGAAGGUCGCUGUUGAAGGCAAAUAACAUGCCCACGCUGUAUCUGAAGCAGAUUGAAUUCCUGGACCAGCAAGUGAAUGCUCUGCUGCCUCGCGUACCAGAGCCGCUACAGGAGGCAGUGCAGCGUCUGCUGUCCCGGGACCCACACCCAAGACCCACCACCCAACUACUGCCACUCAUCAAAUACUUCAAGUGUCAGAGUGAGCCAGCUAUCCAGGCGAUGCAAUUCCUCGAUGUCAUAACCAUGAAGGAUCCAUCGCAAAAAAGUAACUUCUACCGUGGUUCUCUUAUUGAAGCUCUCCCCUACAUCCCGAAGAAACUCCGCUGGCAGCACAUUUGGCCAGCUUUGCAGCUCGAGGUGAGGAUAUCUGAGGUCCUAGCAGCUGUUCUGCAGCCAAUCAUUUGGAUGACCAAUGACUCCACUGAAGAGGAGUUCGCACAGUAUGUGCUGCCGACACUCAAACACCUCAUAAAUGCGCCGAAGAGUGUGCAAGCCACGGUAACCCUGCUGGAGAACCUGCACAUCAUCAUCAAAAAGUGCACCAAGGAAGUUAUCCAUAACGAGAUCCUGCCGCUACUCUUCAAUGCCAUGGACAGCAAUGCUCACCAGAUACAGACCGCGUCACUGAUUGCCAUACAAAAUAUAUCUGACUAUAUACCUGAUAAGGAGUUGUACAUGAUUGUGAUGGGCAAGGUGAAAGUCGUGGUUGACAAGAACCAGAGUGAUGUCAAGGUCAUCAGCUUGACCCUGGGUUUCUUCGAGAAGAUUCUUCAGCGUCUGGAGAAGUGCCACAUACUGAGCGAAGUGAUCCCCACGUUACUAAUCAUGAAACUAAGCGAUCCGGACGUGGUUAAUCGCGUUGUGCAGCUGUAUAAGGUGAUGCUUUUGGAGAGGAAGUUCAAUUUGACCACAAACGUGAUGGCCACCAAGAUGAUACCGUCGCUCGCGCCGCAGACUGUCAACCCCAUGUUGACAGUUGACCAGUUCUCUAGUCUCAUGGAGAUCCUCUACGAUAUGCUCGAGAAUAUAGACAAGGUGCAACGGCCUAACCUGAAGCCGGACAACCACGCGAGCCCCGAGCGAAGGGCCCUGCGUCAUCAGAUCAGCACCGACAACAUGAACAAUGCUCCACCGUUCAACAUCCCCAACCUGCGCGUGGAACAGCGAAAAACGUCCAGUGCUGAGGACAUGGCUCGCAAGAACUCGAUAGCUGGGUCCGCACCAAAACCACCGACCUCAAACACUGGCAGCGUCGGAGGAUUCAAAAGUACAGGCAUCGGACAGUGGUUCUUUGGAUCCAACAAUUCGACCAAUAACGACAAUAACUUCUUGCGCGUGGCCAGCGCUUUCCCGAAUCGUCGUCUCUCUGACAACACCCUGAUGACUCCCAAGAUCCGCAUCGCCCCCUCCUGCGCCUCAUCGCCCGGGGGAACCCCCGGAGGCAGCUCGGGGCUCCCCACGCGCAGACACUCUAGCAUCGGGCCCCAGGAGCGCCGGGGCUCCGCAGUCAACCUCUCCCCGCCGACCGCCUACCAAUACAGGGGCAGAGGUGGAUCAGGCUCGAGCCUGUCCGUGCCAUCGACCUCGCACUGCGGCGGUGGGUCGAUGCCGAACACGUCGUCGAGUGUCCCAUUUCUGCUCACGUCAUCGAUGCAGUCGAUCCGCUCGCGCCGCCCGUCCGCCUGCCUCAGCGGUUCCCAGGGCUCCGGGAUCCUGCAGCAGCUCAGCAGCGGCAUGGUAAGGCAUCUGCCCGUCCGCUCCCAUAGCAACGUCCCUAACGCGCAGCCAUGGGGCUCCAUCCAGGGCGCCACCGCCGCCGGGUACAGCGCACUCCGGCACACCGCUAUGGCGGUGCGCAAGUGCCCCUCGCUUAACAUCACACUCACUCGUUAAGCCGCUCAAUGUUGUCAGUAGACACGACCUUAGCUCGCUUCGUUUCGUUCGUCUGCUCUUAAGACUGAUACAGCUUACGAGAGAUUUAUUCACGUUUCAAUAUGGAAGGAAUGGAUAUUGAGCUUUAAUCGAUGGACAUAUCACUUCAGGUGUCCAUAUGUAAAAAUUAGGGAGGUGGGAUUUUUUUAAUUGUAACAUGAAACAAGAUGUACAGCAAAAUGUUGUAAACGGUGCUGUGAUAUAUAUUAUAUAUUAUUAUAUUUAUUAGUAUCGUUAUACUUA